ACAACAAAUUUGGAUUAUCUCGAAAAUCAACAACCUUAAAAGAAGCUACCUUGUCAUCAUCUUUAUACAAAAGGAAUACCAUUCUUCGUUUGUUGCAUAAAUUAAAUGCAUCAUCGUCGUCGCAAUGUUAUCCACCAUGCACGAAGUGACGCAGAAGGAUUUGCACGAUUUGUUAGAAAUUUUCGAAAGAAAAUCUUUCGAAGCAGGCCCUUGUGAGGAAGGUUCAAUGGAGGAACAAAUUACAAGAAAAUGCGAAUUCCUAUUUAAACAAGACUACACCCUUAUCGAGCUUGAAAACAGCAAUGGGAUCCUUAGCCCUCGUUAUCCGGGACGAAUAUUUAUACCGGAAUACGAACAUGGUCACAUGGCCUCUACGAUCACCGCCAAUAAUACGAAUAUAUUCACACAGAACGGCUUUAAUGCAACAACAAUAACAACAACUGCACAACACAAUGGUAGUAGCAUUAGUAGCAAUGGUUUUCACCACAACUCGGCCACCAGCACCAAUGGUUCUUCCUCAGGCUCCCUUAAUAUGGGAACGACCAAUAAUGGCAUACAUGCAUUUGUGACAUUUGCCAACGAUUCCAUAUCAGCGCAAAAUACUACCGGCACCACCCAUCCAUCAUAUUUUCCAACACAGAUGCAAUAUCCCCAACAGAGCCCAGCAUCACCGCUAAUGAUGCCUGCCAAUGGAAGUGGAGGUUCCUCAUAUCCGCAGCAUACCAUCUAUGAGGAUUUGUAUGAUGCAAAUAAAAUACGUGAACUCAUUACCAUGGCCAAGUAUGCAAGGUGUCGUCAACGUUUUGCCGUUCCCGUCAUCAUGUAUCGAGGCAAAUACAUAUGUCGAUCGGCCACCAUAUCUGUAAUGCCGGAGACAUAUGGACGCAAGGUGGUCGAUUAUGCCUAUGAUUGCUUGAAUGGCACCAAUUACAGUGAUCGGGGGAAUCAUAUUGUCGAUGAUGAGAACAACGACAACAAUGAAGACUCUUUGAUGAAUCAUGCCUUAAAUGAAUCUUCGCCGUUUUCAUAUGACGAAGUGAUUAAGAGUGACAUUCAGCUGUUGAAUGCUCUGAAUGUAACCACCAUAGUAGACUUGAUGGUGGAGAAGAGGAAAAUCAAAUACUUUAUGGCGGUGUCCUCAUCUGAAAAGGCUGAUCCCGAAAAUCAUUAUGAAGAAUUCAAUAUCCUAUCGCUUCCCUAUCCAGGCUGUGAGUUUUUUAAAAAAUUUCGUGACAAUAACUAUAUGGCCAAGAACCUCUACUACAAUUGGAAGCAAUCAUUCAACGAUGCCAUUAUAAAUGUACCCAAAAUGGGUCCGACUGCCGAUUUGAAUAUACACUGGAAUGACUAUAAACAAUGGGAUUUGGUGCUUAUAACUCAAAACUAUCUCAAGGCCUGUUUGAAAUACAUACAAGAGGAGAAUUCUGGUCUGUUGAUACACUGCAUAAGCGGCUGGGAUCGUACGCCUUUGUUUAUAUCGCUUGUACGUCUAUCGCUGUGGGCCGAUGGUCUGAUACAUCAAAAUUUGAAUGCCCUACAAAUGGCUUAUUUAACAUUGGCCUACGACUGGUAUUUGUUUGGCCAUCAACUGCCCGAUCGUCUAAAGAGAGGCGAAGACAUUAUGUUCUUUUGUUUUCAUGUGCUUAAAUAUAUAACGGAUGAAGAAUUUAGUAUUGUAGAACAUAGAAAACGUACUAAAACCUCUAGUAGUAGUGGUAGUAGUAGUGUUAUUGUUAUUAAGUCUGAUUGCUGUGAUGAUGAACCACUUAAAGAAGACUUUAUUUUAAGUUACGAUCAAGACAGCAAUGAUAGUUUUUCCAAUAGUUCCAACUGUGAUAUGUCCAUAACGGAUAAUUUUUAUGCAACUGCAACGACGACGACGACUACAACAGCCGCCGCAACAGUUACAGCACAACAACAACAACAAUCAUCAUGCAAUAAUAUGGUUAUGAAUCCUUUAACGAGUCGUUCACCAAAUCCUAAAAGAUCGAAAACUAGUCCUAUAUCAGUACCAGGUGUAAGUGCUACACGUCAAAGGCAAGAGUCCACAUCGUCUAAUGGCAGUUGGCAAGUUGUUACCGAUACGGGGUCCAUAGAUUCAAUGAUGAAUGGAAGCUAUAUGAUGCAUUUUAUAUCACAACAACAGUCUGAUGGCAAUUCUGUAACAUCUUGCAACAGUGGUAAUAGUGGCCACUAUAUAAUGGCCGGAAAUGGAUAUUGUAGUAGUGGUGGUGGUAGUGGUGUCGGUAUUGGAAGUGGAGGAGGUGCUAGUUCUACGGGCAACGGUAGCAACAAUUUCUCAAAUACACCCAGUAAUGGCAGCAAUGCAAGUAUAGGCAGUAUCAACAAUGGAUUUAAUUUCAUUACAAAUGUUAUCAAUGACAAGGAUAUGUUCAGUGCUAGUAAAACUACGACUUUGAUGCGAAAGAAGCGCUUAAAUGCUGUUCGAGCCAUAUUCAUACAGGCCUAUGGCAAAACUGUAGGUCUUAAGUUCAAAGAAGGUUCUGCCAUGAAUUUAGCCACAUUUAUAGGUACUUUGGCCGAUCAAUUGUUUUGAAGUGCAUUCAUUCGUUCAGUUAGUUCCCUGAAUUCGGUUGCGAAGUACCUUACAGAAAGAAAAAAAAUCAUCCCUACCUAAUCUACCUUUCGUUCCUGCUGUACAUGUGUUUGUUACAUUUAUUUUUUUAUUUACAUAUAUAUAUAUUAUUUUGUAUACAUAUGUUUUUGUUUAUAACUUUUAUUGUGUUAGUUAUACUUGUUGUGCUACUCUGAGAAGUGUGUUUGAUUGCAAGCUGCUGCAAAUUGAAGAGAAAAUUUUCGCCUGAUAAAGAAAUGAGUCUGGCAUAUUUUUGCUUAGCUAAACUCUCUCUCUCUCUCUCUUUCUCUCUUGUGUAUACUAUUUUUUUCAAUGCAGCAGCAGCAUAUUGUUUUUGCAACUUCUUGGAGACGAACAAGCAUAGAAACGAAAAUGAACGAGUACAAUGUGUAUUCUACUUAUAAUAUAAGGUUGUAAAAAAAUAAUAAGCCAACAAAUAUUUAACUUUGAUUUUUAAAUUGUGUUAUAUUGAAAUGAUAUUUAAUUAAUUUAGCUGAUGAUUUUUUUUUAGAUUUAAAUAUUGUAUAUUUUUAUGCUUUUCUUUUGUUGUAAAGGCAACGAGAUUCAGUAUCGCAAAAAAAAUAAAUUUUUAAUAACCUAACUGCCUUUGAUGCCUUUGUCGUCGAUUGCGCAUAAAGGGCUAAUUAUAUUGACAGAGUAAUCGAUUGAAAAGAUUGAUUUUCAAAGAAUGAA